GAGUCUCUUGAAUCUGUACGCAUGCCCUCGGACGCAAGCAAACCGCGCAGGCGAUUCGUUGGGACGAAAUCCGCGACGCCAUCGCGUCCGGGCGUGGCCUCCGUCCUGAACAACCAGAUCCCGCGUGACAUCCUCGAAGACGCCAACCUGAACGCGGCCAUCGCACUUCUCCCGACGAACUAUUCUCUCGAGAUCCACAAAACCAUCUUCCACGUCCGCAAAAACAAUGCAACGAUGGUUGCACUGCAGAUGCCCGAGGGUCUGCAGAUGUUUGCGUGUGCGAUUGCGGACAUCAUCGAAAAAUUCACCCCGGCGUUAACGGUCAUCAUGGGAGAUGUGACAUACGGUGCUUGUUGCGUGGAUGACUACACUGCCGUAGCACUAGGGUGCGACAUGCUGGUACACUAUGGCCACAGCUGCCUCGGUACAUUUGUUAUGCGUCUCCACAAGACUGCUCAUCUGACAUCGCGUGUCCAGUCCCCAUGGAUCAAACCUCAAUCAAGACGUUGUAUAUCUUUGUGGAGAUUGGCAUCGACUCCGCGCAUCUGGCGCAAACGAUCCGGCUCAACUUCCCCGAUGAUCGAAGUCUGUUCCAUGCUGCUCUUCUGGACUCGGAGGAGACCGACAGCCAGAUACCUGCUGGGCAGCAAAUUGGAGCGGCGUCAAGAUUGCGUAUCGAGGGCCCGUCGUCGAGCUCGACCCCGUCCGGUGAACCUACAAGACUAGCUCUUGUGUCAACUAUACAGUUCGUUUCACCGCUACAAAGGCUCAAAGAGGACCUGGGCAUCGAAUUUGACGAAGGUGGUGAAUCAUCUGAUGAGUCGAGACUGUGGAGGGGAAAAUAUGAGACUACCAUUCCUCGUUCCAAACCGCUCUCGCCUGGGGAGAUUCUGGGGUGCACUGCACCUCGACUCAAUGACGUGGAUGCAUUAGUGUACCUGGGAGACGGUCGAUUCCACUUGGAAUCCAUUAUGAUCGCCAAUCCGUCCGUCCCUGCAUUCCGGUACGACCCGUACUCGAAAAAGCUGACCAGAGAGCGUUACGACCACAAAGAGAUGCAUUCGAUCCGUGACAAUGCAGUGCAAGUCGCGCGGCGUAGUAUCGCUGCCUUUUCCGAUCAAGAGGAAGCCCCGUUGUGGGGUGUUGUGCUUGGAACACUGGGACGGCAAGGCAACUUCCGCCAGCUCCAGGCGAUAACACAUCAGCUACAAGAGUCCCAUAUUCCGAUUCCCUACAUUCCGAUCCUGCUCUCUGAGCUCUCUCCUGCCAAACUUGCAUUAUUUAAUCCGCACAUCUCGACAUUUGUGCAGACCUCGUGUCCCAGAUUGUCGAUUGACUGGGGUUAUGCAUUCGAUCGGCCGCUCCUCAGUCCUUAUGAAACGGCUGUCGCUGUGGGCAAAGCCAUCAGCUGGAUGCCAACAGAGGAAUCGUCUCAAGGAGAGUAUCCGAUGGACUUUUACUCGGCUGGCAGUCCGUGGGCUGUGUCGAGAACCAAGGCACGGUUCUGAAGUGGACAAAGGCACUCUAACAGAUGGAGAGAAUACAUGGAUGUGAUUCAAGUCCCUAAUUUCCUCGUUCCCUUUGCAAUUCAGAACCAAGGGCGGCUAUUGUACUAGGACUGGAUAAGUAAUCCAACAGGCUACACCUGAAAGUUCC